GGUUGUGUUUACGCAUCGCACUUCGCACCACAAUUCUCGUGUCUAGUGUGUUUACACUCAAAAUUUAGCGAUGGGAUGUUUAUCUUGUGAAAAUUCGCCGCUUUAAGCACAAAAAUGUCGCGAUACGCGCCCCGCGAGAUGACAGAGGGGCUGUCCAAGCUCAUCACCAGCGUCGCAGGGUUCAAGCGUGGCGAAGAGAACCACCAGCGAUGCAUGGACUACGCGCUGUCCAUGAUCUUCAACGCCACCUACUCGGACACGUACAAGGGCCAGGUGAAAAACGACGUCGACGCCCUGGUCGAAAAAUUCACCAUCAACGUCGAGAGCGAAAGGGCGAGGAAGCUGCAGGCCUCUUUCGAGAAACUGUUCGAUCUGGCCGAGAACAUGGGAACCGAAAGCAAAAAUAAUUUAAUAAAAAUCGGCAGAUUCCUGAUUUUAAUGACGAACCAAUCGUCCUUGCUGGGCUCCGGCUGCAGCGUGAUCCGCGAGGAGCCUUUGCAGGCCUCUGAGGAGGUCGACUGGCACGCCUACUUGAACGAGGGAUGGGAACGGGAUUCCGGAGAGGAAAAUGAUUCGGAUUUGAGCGACUGGAGUGACCACUCGGACGGAGAAGAGGUCACGCAGGUCGAGCAGUUCUCCUCGCAGCUCGCAACAGAGGACGACACAGAAAGCUCCAGUGAUUUUCUAACAAGUGUGGAGGUUGGCACGAGCAGUGUGGCGACGCCAGCCAAAGAAAGCGGCUCUUCCUUGGAAGAACUGAACGAAUCGUGGAAGGCCUGCGAACCCGGCUACAAAUACAGUGGCAUCAAAAUCGAUCCAAAAUUUCCUGCGCCACGUCUUGCCCAACUCUGUUCUACUCAUUCGGCUCUGCGGAUUCUCAGCGAGUACGCGGUGGUUAGAGAAAUUAUCAUGGUCCUGAGGGACAAUUCUGCUUGCGGAUUGGUUUUCAAGAAAGAAGAAGAGCACAAAUACACUGUCCUUGGCGACGUCACUGUUUGUAGUCUCUCUCCGGAAAUGUUUCGCAGCGUGAUGGGUUCAGUGACGCCGGCUUUGUCGAUGCUGAGCAAAAUUCACGCUUUUGUGGAGAAAAUGUUGCCGAGUGCCCUGCACAGCGGCUUCCAACACCCGCCCAAAACAUAUCAGGCUUACGCUGCCGCCCUCGAACUAAUUUUUCACAGACAAAACGGCUUUCUCCUCCGCCUGGAGGACAGAGUCAAACAUCAAGACGACAUCAUGACCAUCAACUCUUGUCUCGACGCCCUGCGCCCUUGGUUCAAGUUCCUCUACCAGGUGUACAGGGUUCACGAAGCAGCCACCUUUGAGAAGUUCCACUUGCAGCAGUACUGGGUCUGCUCUUGCAAGCUGCUCUCUGUGCUGUGGUUGGAGGCAGAGCGGAAUCCGUCGCUCGGAAUCUCUUCUGUCGUUUUUUCCCUGCUGCUCAUCUCUUUAAAACCCUACCUGGACAUCACGGAAAACUGGUUUUUGUUUGGAUCGCUGGACGACCCUCACGAGGAAUUCCUCAUUUCCGGGGAAGUGGCCGAAGCUGACAACAACCUGGACGGCGACUACAUGUUGCACCCGUUUGAGCAGUCUUUGGUCGACCUCGGCGUCAUUCCGAUGCCUUUGCUCAAGAUUUUGGCCAACAAGGGCCUCACUGUCGGCCGCAGCAUUUGCCUGCUCAGAGGCCUCGACUGCAUGGAACAAACACCGAAAUCGCUCGGCAACGUUUCAAUUUACGACGAACUGAUUGUCUUGCUGAGGACUGGACUGAUGGCGUCGGGCAAGCAGGAGGACUUUCUGCCAAGCGACGAGGCCGAACCUGUCAGCGAGAUUAGACAACUCAAAUUGCAGGAAGAGCAGCCAGACGCUCUGGAGCAGUACACGCUCGACUUCAUCUUGUCCACCAGCGACGCUCACCUGCUCGAGGCCUACGGGGACGUGCUCAAUUUGGGAAUAGAAACCGACCAUUCAGAGGAGAAAUUCACGUUUGGACAGUUUACACUGCCCUUUAGGUCUGCGGAUUUGUGCUCGGUGCAGUCGUUGAACCACGUCCUCUGCGAAAGUGUCGAGCGGAUUUUGGAGGCGCGCGUGCGCGGCGUCGGCAAACUGGCAAAGGAGCUGCUGAAGAGCAAGUGCAAAAUCAGCGACCACCUCUCAGCCGUGCACAGCGUCGCCUUCUUCCAGGUCUUCGCCAUGCACGAGUUCUGCUCCUUCCUCAACGAAGAGAUUCGCAAGGAUGAGGACUGGCACAGCUGGGCGACGUGGAUUGUGCUGACAAACAAGCUGCAGGUGUGCCUGAACGAGCAGCACCUUGAGUGGUCGCACCUUUUCUCCGUCAGGGUCGCCGCCAACUUCGAGCCGGACGCCGUCUCCGAGCUGACUGAGGGCUUUCCCCUCAUGCAGCUAAUUAACCGACUCUCCCUCCACUACUCUAUGCAAUGGCCGACGCACCUGGUCCUCAACUCCGCCAACAUGAAGUUGUACAACGACAUCUUCAGGUUCUUCCUCAAGAUCAAGUGCGCCCUGUCUAGUCUGCAGAGAGUAGCUUUAAUCGAUUGUCGUUGCGUGAGUGGCGCGAACGCAGAGCUGAGCCAGCGGCUGUGGGUGCUGCGUUCGUGGGUGCUGUUCGUGUUGGGCACCGUGCACGAGCACAUGCUGAGCAACAUCCUGCUGGACAUGAAGCAGCAGUUGGACGAACGACUCGAGCAGGCGUCCGACUUCCACUCGGCCCUGCAGGCGCACGAACGCUUCGUCCGGCGCUCGCACUUCUCCUGCCUGCUCAACGCCAAACACGCCGCGGCGCAGGAACACAUCAUGGAGAUCGUGGGCCAAGCGAUGGUGAUCUGUGAUGCAUUCGAAAAAAGCUCGAUCGAGGAGCAAAUCGUGGAAAACAUGGAGCUCAAGUUGAACCUGGCGCUCAACUUCUUGGCCAUUUUCUUCGACGCCAUCUCCACCUCAGUCAACUCUGUGCAUUUAAAGGGAAUUGCGAUCGCGCUCAACGAAAAAGCGCCAACCUUCUGAACAACGUGGAAAAACUGGAUCAAGGCAGAGACGCUUUGAAAUCGGCAUUUUUGAGGCCGCUUGCCGUUGCCAAACACUCGGAAAAUCGCGACUGUCGUUUACCUCUCGACGAUAAUCAUUCUAAAUUUAGAAAAGGCCGUGUGUUGACGCAAAUAAUAUCGCAAUAUGCGUCCGCAUUUUUUGUUUAUCUUAUAAUUUCUCGCUGAAAGACUGUUACUUAUUUCUAAGAAAUUACUGAU